AUGAUGUACGAUCUUCCGCCAGAUUUGGUCGAGGAAAUACUUUCCAGGGUUCCAGCGACAUCUGUGAAAAGGUUACGAUCUACUUGCAAACGAUGGAACGCUAUAUUCGAAGAUGAAAGAUUCACUGAGAAGCACCUUCGUAAAGCACCAAAGGAGUCUAUGGUUCUCAUGUUGAAGGGGUUUAGGGUUUGUCCAGUGAGCGUCAAUCUCAACGUUGCUCCUCCUUCUAUAGAGUUUAAAGGUGCACUUGGCCUAAAACCAAAGGAUUCCCAUUUUAGUUUAGAAGAAAUUGACAUAGUCGACGUUUUUCAUUGCGAUGGUUUGUUGUUGUGCACCACGAAAGAUUAUAGACUCGUGGUUUGGAAUCCAUGUUUGGGAGUUACCAAGUGGAUCCAAUGCAAAAUUGUUUACAAGUUUAUUUCUAGGUUUACUCUGGGAUAUAUCCUAAACAACAAAUCUUGGCGUAGCUACAAAAUCUUGAGGUGGUGGAGUUUUUCCAGUGGCCCAAAGUUUGAAAUAUAUGAGUUUGGCUCUGACUCAUGGAGGGUUCUUAAUGACGUUGUUCUUGAUUGCGACAUACAAUAUUGCGGUUAUAGUAGCGGUGCAUCGUCUUUGAUAGGAAACACUUACUGGGUUGCAACUGAUAACAAAGAAGGUUAUGCAUUCGUACUCAGUUUUGAUUUUACAGCAGAAAGAUUUAAACGUCUGCGUCUUCCGCUAUUUCAGAAUGAUAUUGGCCAAGUGACUCUAUCAGUUGGUAGAGAAGAACAGCUUUCGGCAUUAAAUCGGAGUUAUACAUUUUCAAAGAUAGAGAUGUGGGUAACCAACAAAAUUGAUAUUGAUUCAGAGUUGUUGUGGAGCAAAUCCUUUAUAGUGGAUUUACCUAGGAAAUACUCUCUUAAGGUUCCCACCACAUAUUUGAUACGAUUACGAACUACUUGCAAACGAUGGAACGCUUUGUUCAGAGACCGAGGAUUCACCCAGAAGCACUUUCGCAAAUCUGUUGCAAAGGACUCUAUGGUUCUCAUGUUGAAGGAACAUAGGGUUUGUCCAGUGAGCCUCAAUCUCAACGCUGUUACACCAUCUAUAGAGUUUAAAGGUGCACUUUGCCUAAACGGUUCCCAUUCGAAUUCAGGACAAGUCGAUAUAGUCCGAGUUUCCCACAGUGGCGGUUUGUUGUUAUGCACAACCAAGGACGAUCGACUCGUAGUUUGGAAUCCGUGUCUAGGAGAAACCAGGUGGAUCCCAUUCAAAGAUGAUUACAAGAGAUACGGCACCAAUUUCACUCUAGGAUAUAUCCAAAACAACGAAUCUUGUCGUAGAUACAAAAUCUUGUGCACUUCUAAAACACGAUACGGAAGAGUCUCGGGGUUUCAAAUUUUGAUAUAUAAAGACAAUGUCGUUUGA